AUGGUCCAGCUUUCUGCUCUCAUCUCCUUCGUUUUUCUCGCUGCGAGUCUUACCUUUGCUCACCCAGCCGCUCAUAUGAGCCAGGGUGAACUCGCUCGCCGUGCCGAGUUCCACAGAGCAACGCGUCGCUCUCUCGGACAAUGCCAGGACCAACUUAGGCGUCGUGGCCACUUCGAGAAGUCCGCUGCACGCCGCGCGGCCCUCGCUGACGAGCUCCGUAAGAAGAGGGGACUUGCCACACGCUCUCCUUACAAACGUGCUCUUACCUUGGACGAGGUGUUGGCUACGAGUCACGAAUCGAACACGACAGGCCUUACGGCCGACUCUGAUCCUUUCGACGGAAACGCAUCCUGCGUCCUUGCGCCCGAGGUCACCCAGGGCCCUUACUACGUCGACGGUGAAUACGUCCGCUCCAACAUCACCGAGGACCAAGAAGGCGUCUACACCUAUGUCGAUGUCGAACUCAUUGAUGUAUCAACCUGUGAGCCUGUCUCGGAUGUUUACAUCGAUUUCUGGCACUGUAAUGCGACCGGUGUCUACGCCGGUGUAAUCGCGUCUGGCAAUGGAAAUUCCAACGACGCGACCAACGUGAACAAGACUUUUCUUCGGGGCAUCCAACCCACCAACGACGAGGGCUAUGCCCAAUUCGAGACUAUCUUCCCUGGCCAUUACACCUCACGAGCUAACCACAUCCAUAUUAUAGCCCACGGUAACGGAACUCUCUUCGACAACGGCACGUUCAAGGCCGACAGCGACCACCACGUCGGCAAGCCUAGACAAUUCUUCUUUGACCAAGACCUAAUCACUGUCGUUGAAGCUACCUCUCCCUAUACUUCCAACACCCAGCAACUUACCACCAAUGCCAACGAUUCCAUUUUGGCCCAGGAAGUCGAGGAUGCGACUGACGGGAUCGACCCCGUUCUGGAGUAUGUCUACCUCGGGGAUGACGUAUCUGAUGGUCUCCUUGCCUGGGGUUCCAUGGCCAUCGACCUCUCUUCGAGCUACACCACAUCUGCCGCUGCUACCUUGACCGAGGAUGGCGGUGUGAUGUCUGAUACCAGUAGCAGUGGAGGUACGGGUAGUGGUAACGGAACUGCCUCGUUCUAA